UGGAAUAUUACUCGUAAUGAUGGACACAUCGAGAUCAUGAAGUCUGAUUUUUAUUGGCACAGAGCGAGAAAAGUGUCGACACACAGACUGAAAACAGGCACUCCUUAAGACAUACACACAGGGAAUAUGUGUCACUCAGCUAUAGAGUGUGUGUAACUCACAGUCCAUGGUGGAUCAGCAUUUCUAAAUACCAUUAUCUAUGUCUUUGACAAUGGCUGAAGGUGGUAACUGGAUAGAGCCAUUGAAUUCUGAUGGCUUUGUAGGGAGGCAGGAUGCUUUGGAAUGGCUGAAGGAAAAGUACACGACAACACAAGGGAAAAGAGGUUUGCAGCACCAUCAGUACAGAAUUUAUGGUAUAUACGGUAAAAAAGGAGUUGGAAAGUCAUGCUUGAUGCAGAAAUUUUUACAACAAAUUCAACAGGAUGAUUCAAGGAAUCAAAAAGUACAUGUUGUAUCUUUCAAUUUUGACAAAUAUAGGAAUUUUGAAAGUUUUUUAAACAGUCUUUGUAGUUUUUAUGGAGUUGAAAAUCAUAAAUGGAAAAAAGAUUUGAACUGUAGAGAUGAUGAGGAGGAGGAAGACGACUUUAUGGACUGUAUGACUCAGAUUAAGAAAAGGAUGAAUGAUGAGCCUAACAACACAUUUAUUUUAUUCCUUGACAACAUGGAACAUGCUUGUGGUAAGGCUAAUAGUAGUGGGGUCGCACCCGAUUCUUCCAAGACUUUUCUGCGGGACAAGAUUUAUAGGGAGAUCAUCCACAAUCUUCUACCUGAGUGUUACAACUUCCUUGUAUUCAUCACAUCAUCACAAACAACAAGGUUUGCAGAGUUUCAACAGUUUGUUUGUAGUAAAGACUUAAAGGAGAUGAACGAUGAUGAAGCAAUAUGUUUGCUACGAAGCCAAGUUUUAGAGGUUCAUGCUAAUGGAGAAAGCUUGUCAGCAAUUGUAGAAUUAUGUGAUGGUUUGCCACCAACUAUCAUAAAAGCAGGUGCGAUGCUUCGUGAGGGGGAUUACAAACUAGAAGAGGUAGUUGAACUUUUAAAAGAAUUUGAAAGCAAAAGGAAUAUACACAAUGAUGAAUUGUGUGCCAAGGACGAUCGCUAUGAUGAGCAGCUUAGGAAAUGUAUAGACCGCUUGUCCAAUGAAAGCAAGAAGAACCUCAGGUAUCUAGCGAAGAUGAUCAGCGAGAAGGAAGGAGGUAUCAGCAUCACUAAGGCUGCUUCAGAACUAAACUUUGACAGAAACACAGCUUUAUUUAAGCUAAGAUUCCUUCUUCCACUGAGAUUUAGAGGGAUGGUUGAAGUAGUAAAUGAAAAGAUCAGCAUGAAUCCAUUUUUUCAGCAGUUUGUCAUCGAAUAUAUCAAAGGAGAAAAAAACGCCAGGGUUGGAUUAGAAAGAGCCUCUGAACAUUCCUCACGACAUGGACAAGAAAAAGCUUCUAGAUAUUCACCUCCACGUGGUGCACAGAUAGGACCAAAUAUUACUAGUUCAGAGGAUGAUGAUGAUGAUUAUGAUGCUGGAAGCCCAUCUGCAAACCAUUUGAUUGUUCCAAGUGCUAAUUCUCCAGACAAGUCCUGUCGUCUGUUAGAGGAAGUCCAUGAUGAUGAUGUCUAUCCUCACAAAGGUGAAGGUCAUAGGACUGUACCAAGUGAUAUACACCAGGAUAGGACUAGUCCCCUAUUGGGCAACGAGUCUGAAUUCGAAAAACCGGAACCAAAUGUAGCCAAGAUGGAGGGUCAAUAUAUAGGAAAUAGGGAGGAUAAACUUCAGUAUGACCUUACUCUGACCAACCAGGACUCUGUAGGGACUGUAAACAGACUGACGGAAAACAAUGAUCUAUCAUCGCACAAAGUCAGCAAUAGAGAGAGUCCAAUGAAUAUACCGAACACAGAACAUAAUCUGACUAGUGAAUUCUGUACAGCAGAGGGUAAAGGUGAUGAGGGGUGUAAUCUAGAUAAAACAAGGCUAACUGGAAAUAACAAUGUAAAAAUGGUAAAAAGUCAUGAAAAAUGUGGGGAAGAACAUUUCUCAGAGAAAUCAGAUUUUCGAAAGAAACGAUCUGAUACACUCGAGGAAAAUACAGUGACAACAUGUAAAAAUCAAACACAUAAAAGUAUAGAUUGGUGCAUGUCCAUUGAAAACAACAGCUUUCAGCCACUCAAAGGUUAUACCAGUUCUUCAGAACGUAUUCCAGAGAAGAAACUAAAUCGAAGUAUUGAUGAAAUUGAUGAUUCCAGAAAAGAAAAGACAACAGAACUUCCAAUUGGCAAGGAAAACUCAUCUGAUCACAUUUUAAGUGCUACUUCUGAAGUUUUACAACAGAGUGCAUCUGAUGAUAGUGAUGUGACAGAAGAUGUUGAUCAUAGUGAGACAUAUGAGAAACAAAUAUGCGAUAUUGACAGCAGAUCUGGUGAUGUAACAGCAUUGCCUCCAUGUUACCAGUUAGAUGAAAAAGAUGUUUUAUCCUCUCAGUACAACGGCAUGCCAUACUUUGGUACUACAGAUUCUCAUAACACAAACUCUGAGGACCCUUCAACAGAACAAUCACUCAAUUGUUCUUUUUCUAGUGUGGACCUGUUCGCAAGUGGAAGAUUGAAUAAAUCAGAUUUUUGUGGUGAUGGUGAGGACCAAAGACCAGAUGUACAAUCCUUUCACAAGUAUUCUGUACAAAGUAUGACAGAAGGAGCGACAGGUUCAGAGAGACAAACCUUAAUGAAGCCACCAAGAACUGUAAACGAAUCAUUAAAUGAUACAGCUCUGAACACAAGGCAGCCAACUGGACAGGAAGGGGAUACAUAUCGUCAUACACAUCAAAUGUACUCAUCCCAAACAGCAAGAGUACAAGGACUUUCAUCAGAGGAUGAAGAGGUUGCCACGCCUUCCUGUGAUGAACAUGUGACCAAUCCUUCAAUACAAAAUGCCAUGGCAAUUGGUAUUGAAGAAAAUCUAGCAGGACCUGUAAAUGAGCAGAAAGAAAAUAGGAUUUUGGCUGGUCUUUCCAAAUUUUUCACCAACACCAUUGAGGUUUUUAAAGGAAUUGAGGGCUAAUGUAUAUUUAUAUUGUUUAUGGUACUUGGUAGAGCGACAGGUGGAUGACUUACAAGGUACAUGUUUGUGAGGAACGCUAGUCAUUGGUUCUUCUAAAAUCAUAACUUCUUUAUUGCUAGUCCUGACUUUUGUUGGGUUAGAAUGAGGUAAGCAAAAUUGUCUUUAGGAAAUUGGAUGACCAGACUUCUUAUAUAUAUUUAUCCGUCCUAAAUGCUAUUCUACAACCUGUUUUCAAAAACUCCUAGACACAUUAAUAUUGAGAUUGAACCAUUCAUCAAGAUCAAGUUAGUGGUAUGUAUUCAUCUGUCUGGAGAACAACUAAACUUACAACACAAUGGAAGUGAUUCAAUCUAUUUGUCCAGUAUUAAACAAAGCAACUUAUUUACAAAUUUUGCACUGUAGUUCAUGACAUUGCCUCGUGUCCUGUGACUGUACUGAAAGCGAUAUAUUUUACACAUUGGUUGUAUGUUUGUGGUUUUAUCAAUAUAAUGCUCGCUUGUAUGGCUUUCUGAUUCCAUGUAUUAAAGAUGUGUCAGCUGAACAACCCACCAAAUAAGACUUAUAUAUACCAUCAGGCCAUUAUAUAAUAAUUGUGUGUUGGUUUUUAUAUAUCCUGGUUUAGGAAUUCUAUAUACCAUCAGGCCAUUAUAUAAUAAUUGUGUGUUGGUUUUUAUAUAUCCUGGUUUAGGAAUUCUGUAUACCAUCAGGCCAUUGUAUAAUAAUUGUGUGUUGGUUUUUAUAUAUCCUGGUUUAAGAAUUCUAUAUACCAUCAGGCCAUUGUAUAAUAAUUAUGUGUUGGUUUUUAUGCAUCCUGGUUUAGGAAUUCUGUAUACCAUCAGGCCAUUGUAUAAUAAUUGUGUGUUGGUUUUUAUAUAUCCUGGUUUAGGAAUUCUAUAUACCAUCAGGCCAUUGUGUAAUAGUUAUGUGUUGGUUUUUAUGUAUUCUGAUAAUAACAUGUGAAAUUAUUGUCCACCAUGUGCCAUAACUGCAUGAUGAAAUGCCAUGGAUGAUGUGUUUUUGAUUGGUUCACAAAUUAGAUAGUACUCACUAAUCAGCAUAAUAGGUUUAUGGUUUUUAUUAAUUAUAACUUGCUUUCAAUGUCCCACUGAAAUUGAUUACAUUUAUUUGUUGAUCUAAUACAUUUUGUAGUUAGGACCACAGACUUAGACACCAUUACAGGAAACGACUUACAUUACACAUUAGAAAAAUAACUUCAUCUAACUUAUAGCUAUACAUUUUUACCCCACAGCCCAAAAGGGUGUGGGGUAUUGCGUUCACACAUGGCGUCCGUCUGUCCACCAUUGCAUACCGCUUAUUAUCUCAAAAACUACAUCACAGGUCAUCAUCAUUUUUGCUGGGCAUGUUGGGUCUAUGGACCUACACAACCCUAUUGUUUUUUGUUGCCGCCCGGUAUCCAAUAUGGCGGUUACGGCCGCCAUCUUGAAUUUGAAAAUUCCGUAGGUCUAAGGCCCAACAUCAUAUCAUGAAGAUGGAGAUUCGCAGUGAUGUCGUGACAUAAUGAGCGGAAUGCAAAUGCCAACAUAAAUCUACAGGCUUAUUUACGUCCAUAGAGCCAAAAUGCUCGGUGAAAAUGGCGAUCUCCGGUGAUCUCAUUCUUGAGAUAAAUUUCCACUCACCCCAACCACACAUUUCUAACUUUAUAAUAAGGCUGUGGGGUAUUGCCCACGUUUGUGGAGCUAUUUUUUUAGUAUUGCAGUAUAAAAGAGAUAGCUGUGAAUCUUUGACUUUUAAACUACACAAAGAACAAGUCAAUGAUCAGUUGGUCUUCUUGUUCUUGACAGUCAGUUUGUGGAGCUAUUUUUUUAGUAUUGCAGUAUAAAAGAGAUAGCUGUGAAUCUUUGACUUUUAAA